CACUGGGAAAAUCCUUAGUGAUGGAGGGCUUCUUUAACUUCACUCAUUCUUUCAGUUGUCCCAGUGUGUGUCUAGCUACCGCGAUUAGAACCAUGAGGUUCCAAAGUACUUUUUCGAAUGGCAUCUUGGCUUCUUCCCUCCCCGUUGCUUUGGGAUGGGGGAGUCUGGGACAUCAAACUGUCGCUUAUGUGGCUACGAAUUUUGGUAAGUUUGUUACGCUGAGAACUUCAUUAUAGAAAUUACAGAUAUUUCUCUUUCUAGAAUGAAGAUUUCGUGAACCUCGUUUCCUGAAGGGAAAAAAAGGAAGGAAAAGAAAAAUACUAACCCUCGCAACCUCUAGUAAACGAACUCACCAAGGCAAAAUUCCAAACCAUCCUUGGGGAUACGACUUCCGAUUAUCUAGCUUCAAUCGCAACUUUCGUUGGUCUCUCUCUCUCGCUCUCGUCUCCUUCUCCCUUAGUUCGCUUGUAAUAAAUUUGUUAAUUGACGCUAACAUAGUAAACAGGCAGAUUCCUAUCGCUACACCGAAGGUGGAGAAUUCACAUCUCCAUAUCAUUAUAUUGAUGCGAUGGACUCUCCGCCUGAGACGUGUGGUGUGGAUUUUGAGAGGGAUUGUCCCGAGGAGGGGUGCAUUGUUAGUGCUAUCAGUAAUUAUGUGAGUUGUUAAAAAAGGCUGCUGAGCUGUAUGAGGUGAUAGGAAGAGACAGCGGUGAGCUGACUGAGGAGUUAGACUACCAGGAUCCAGAGUAGUAGCUUGAGUGAAGCAGAGGUUUUAUUUGCUGCUAAGGUAGGUUUUAGUGGAUGCUUAUGGGGUGAAUGGGUUGAAAGCUAACUUUGGGAUAGAUGGUUGUUCAUGUACGUUUGAAAGCUUUUUAGUUGCAAGAACUAUUGUUGAAGGGCAGAUUUUGGCGUGUUGGAAACUCGUUGGUGUUGGCUAACCAAUGUAGUUUGUCGCAGACAUCCAUCAACCUCUUCAUAGUAAGUUAGAUUUCAUCCCAAUUGAGGCACAAUCUUAGUAACACUUCUCCAGACGAGAACCUUGCCGUAGGAGGAAAUACCAUUCUAGUCACCUUCGAUGGAGCAGCCACCAAUCUCCAUGCAGUUGUAAGUUUCCCUCCAUGCUUCCUAACUUUCUCUUGGCUUAAUAAGAUCCUAACUCAUCCCCAAAGUGGGAUACAUCUAUCCCCCAAAAGUUUGCGGGAUCAGCAACCCUAGCUCACGCCCACACAUUCGCUGCCAACCUGACUGAUGCAAUCCAAACUGGGGUCUACAAAAACGAGAGCGCAACUUGGUUGAAGGGUAUCGACUUGUCUGUUCCAGUGGAGACUGCUAUGCUAUGGGCUGUGGAUGCUAAUGCUUUUGUUUGCACGGCUGUGAUUCCCGAGGGCCCCAAUGUGACUACGACGAUAGAUUUGGGGGGCGAGUAUUAUCGAGAGAAUAUACCUGUGGUGCAGAGGCAGUUAGCUAAGGCUGGAUACCGGUGAGUUCUUGGGUGCUGAGGGCAGAUUGGAUCAUGAGGAGCAAGGAAUACUGACUUAUUUUAGACUUGCUAAGUGGUUGGAUUUGAUUGCUGCUUCUACUGCUUGAUUGUUGAUGAAUGGUGUUUUUUUCAUGAAAAUUACGGCUCUUAGGAAGGUAACUUGGGUAUGAUAUUUAUGAAACAACACAUGCUUUCGAUUUCCUAAUUACAUUAUGCAUUCGUUUAGGUUGGUCAACC